AUGGAGAUCACCACAUGUGAGCCCAAGGUGACUCGCCUCAUAGCAGUGCCGAGGGCAGAGCUGCAGAGGAAGGUGGAGGAGAACGAACAUCUGAGGCUGGAGCUGCAGUUGGUGGAGACUGAGAGGGUGCGGCUGUCCCUGCUGGAGGAGAAGCUGGUGGAUGUGCUGCAGCUCCUGCAGAGGCUCCGGGACCUGAACAUAUCAAAAAGAACCCUGGGGAAGAUUUUGCUGAGCACACAGGACAAUUUCAGGCACCAAGCACAUGAGGGGAGACCUGGUCCCUCAGCCAUCCUGGAUGCCCUGCACCAAGCCUUGGCUGGCUGCGAGCUCUUGCAGAGACAGCCCUUGGUACCAGCCUCUGCAGCUCCUGUGCUCCCCAACCCCCUCCUCAUCUCUUGCUGA